AUGGCGGCGACGGCGGCGGCGGCGGCGGCAGCGACGGCGGCGGCGGCGGCGGCGUGCGCAGUGCCUUCUGGGAACGGAAUCCCCAGGGCUGCCCCUGGCCCCCAUGGCGCAUGCGCGGGAGGCCGCUCGGGGCAGGGGGGAGGGGACGAAGCUGCUCGCCGCCAUCUUGCUUAUGGGCUGCGGCCCGCUGGGGCCACUCCACAGAGGCGCAGAGACGUCACGCUGGCGGCCGCGAGCCGGCCAAGCUGUCCGGCCUUUUCACAACAGAUGCAUCCAGCCAUUCGCCAACGGUUUGGGGGGAGCCUCGCUAUCUGGUGGGCUUGGUUCUUUCCCCCUUCCCCCCGAGUAGCCCGGGGAAAUAGUCCCGUCGCCCCCGCCCCGGUCUGGCCUCCAGCGCAGGGUGAACCCGGUUGGGAUGUCACUCAACGCCCACUAGUGGCUGAGGAGACUCCAGUGCGCAGGCUCCGGGCACAGGAUAAAAGCGGAGCUGGCGAGUCCGGCCCUGUUUCGAUGGAGGAGCAAGAAACGGAAGAGGUCGGGGGGAGAAGCAGCAGAAAAAAAAACUGCAUCCACCGUCAGCGCCGCCUCCCUCCACCAUGUAUCGGGGUCUCCGUCAGUGGCGUGGGGAGAGGCCGAGGGGAUCUCGGCAGCCAAUCGCUGCUUGAGGAGUUCUGUCGGGCGCGUCGGGAUUGGCUGGCGAUGACCUCAUGUUGCAGCAGCGGGUGGGGCCAAAGCCGUCGGGGGAGGCUAUUGCAAAGGCAGAGGGAGAAGUGACGGUGGAGAUCGUUGCAGCCGCGGCCGCUGUGGAACCCAAGCAGUGGCGAAGGAAGUCGCCAGGUUCUUCCCCGACCAUUUGCUCCUCUCCCUUCGCGAGGUGAGGGCCCUGGCUCGGCCUCUGCGAGACUUUGGGGCGCUGGCGCGGCCGAGGAAACACAAUUUCUCCUGUGACUUUUGUAACUGCGUCAGGGCAAGAUGGCGCUGGGUCUCCUUGGGGCGCGGGGGGAGAGGCACGUCCACCGCCGCCGCAGCGCAUGUGACCGGCUGCAUUCCUGUGGGGUUUGGCUCUGGCCCAGGCCGGCCGGGGGAGGGGACCGGGCUUGGGCGGAGGAGACUGUGGUGCGGUCGGCGUUGGCGUCCUGAAGAGGAAGAGAUGACUGAAAGCGCUUCCCCUCCCCCCUGCCGCACCCCAGCUGCGCCUCCCGGGGGAAAGCUCCCGAGAGGGACACUCCUUUUGGGGUGUGACCGCUGUCGGAGAAGGUUUGGCGCCCUAUUUUCUUAUCUGCCUUUCUCCUGGCACAGUGUUCUUACGUAGCAGGCCCCUCCUGAGGAACUCGGAACCAACUGAGGCCCUGAGGGUCACUGGGAUGAGAACCAGGACAGGUUAGCUUUUGGGGGCACGACGGCCCUCCGGGCCAAUUAUUUUCUAAGAAAACAGAAGUUUCUCUGAACAGAAUGGAAUAAUACAGAAUAAGCAAAUUUAUAAACACCCAGGAACAUUUAUUAAUUUUCUAGGCCAUGCAAAGAAACCAAGGAUUGUAUCGCCUGAAUUCCUUCUUAAAACUAUUUUCCUAAGUAUUUUCUGUUCUUGCAAUCCCCUCCCUGUCUGUGCAUCUUGUAAGAAUGCUUAAUGUUAGCAGUGGGGUUUGCCUUUUUAAAUAUACGUGUAGUUAGCAAGAAUAACAGCUGCUUGUGUUUGGCUCUGUAUGAAACUGAAAGGUCAUUUUCAAUACUUUGUUAGUCUGCGUUGCCGUUCUGUCACCCCUAUGUUUAAAAAUAAAAGAUGGAAUU